AUGGUCAGACUGGACCGGAACGCUGUACAGGAAGUGAUGUGGAACAUCAGUGGUCUCAGAGGAAGAGCCGAGGAGGGGGGCACCGGCUGGAGAGCCUUACUCACUCCAUUCAAGUCACUGACUCACUCAUCAGGACUGCCCUGGGACAUCUUUAUCAGCACCUCUUUGGAUUUCAUACAGGCAGGCCUGCGCCCAGCGGCCUUCUCCCUUUCUCCUACCCUUGUCUCCUCUAACGCGGACCCUCCACCGCCUGCUCUGUGGCCCCCUUUCCGUCUUCCCACCACGUCUGCGGAGUGGGUGCCGGCUCCCUCCCCCAGGGGUGGGAGUGAGGAGCUCGGGGACGGACUCGACAAACCCCUGGAGAAUGAUGCGGAGGGCGUGUGGAGCCCGGACAUCGAGCAGAGCUUCCAGGAGGCCCUGGCCAUCUACCCGCCCUGUGGCCGCAGGAAGAUCAUCCUUUCUGAUGAGGGCAAGAUGUACGGACGGAAUGAGUUGAUUGCACGGUACAUCAAGCUGCGUACAGGGAAGACGCGGACCAGAAAACAGGUAUCGAGUCACAUCCAGGUCCUCGCCCGACGGAAGGCCAGAGAGAUCCAGGUGAAGCUGAAGGACCAGGCCGCCAAAGACAAGGCCCUGCAGAGUAUGGCCACCAUGUCCUCAGCACAGAUCAUCUCACCCACUGCUUUCCAGAACAAGAUGGCUCUCCAGGGUCUGUCCAGACCGGCGUACCCCACAACGGGUGGGUUUUGGCACGGGGCCCUCCCAGGACAGCCAGGAGGCCAUGAAGACAUUAAGCCCUUCUCCCAGCAGAGUUACGCCAUGCAAGCGUCCGGCCCGACCCCCAUAACAGGUUAUGAAAGCACGGCAGGGCUGCAGAUGUCUCCAGGUGCCCCCCCUUGGCAGGGGAGAAGUAUUGCCAGCUCUAAGCUAAGGAUGCUGGAGUUCUCUGCCUUCCUGGAGCAACCUCAGGACCCAGAGACUUUCAACAAGCACCUGUUUGUGCAUAUCGGCCAGUCCAACCCGAGCUACAGCGACCCCUACCUGGAGUCUGUGGACAUCCGACAGAUCUACGACAAGUUCCCCGAGAAGAAAGGAGGUCUGAAGGAGCUGUUCGACAAAGGGCCGCACAACGCCUUCUUUCUCGUCAAGUUCUGGGCGGACCUAAGUGUAAACCUGCAGGAUGACAGCAGCUUCUUCUAUGGUGUUUCCAGUCAAUAUGAGAGCUCUGAGAACAUGAUUAUCACCUCUUCCACCAAAGUCUGCUCCUUUGGCAAGCAGGUGGUGGAGAAAGUAGAGACGGAGUAUGCACGCUUUGAGAAUGGGCGCUAUGUGUUCCGAAUUCACCGCUCCCCAUUGUGUGAAUACAUGAUUAACUUUAUCCACAAGCUGAAACACCUGCCGGAGAAGUACAUGAUGAACAGCGUACUGGAGAACUUCACUAUCCUACAGGUGGUGACUAACAGGGACACGCUGGAGACCCUCCUCUGCAUAGCAUACGUCUUCGAGGUGUCCACCAGCGAGCACGGCGCACAGCAUCACAUCUACAGGCUAGUCAAAGACUGACACAGUUGGACCUUCCCUGCUUUAGACCCAUUGUAGCACCUCAGUGAACAACUGCAGUAAACAACGGACGACUUCCUCCCUUAGCUUAAAGCUGAAUCAGUCAGGAGCUCAGAGAAACACUGGCUUUCUUAGCGCGCCCAGGAACACUACUACUGCUGAGGAAGAGGAAGAUUUGGGAUUGUGGAAGCUGAAAGUGGUGAGAGAUUAAAAAAAAAAAAAGAAGAGGACCAUGAUACACUGUGGUCUCUAUACCAAAGGAGCCAAACCAGACCUGCAUGAGAAGGCUGUUGAAAGUUGUUGGUGUUUUUCAUCUCAUUUUACUUGUGCUUGUUUUUGAUUAAGUCUUUGACACACAUGCAUGUGCAGAGGAUGUAUGCUACACAGGAGUUUGGCUGCCUCACGGUGCCACCUAGUGACUUCAACAUGAAUAAUAACCGGGAAAAUAAUCCACGUAGACUCAGAAUCCCUCCUUUGCACAUCCAUAAAAAUAUCACUGUUUUUGGUGCCAAUCUUUGUGUUCUUUGAGUAAUUGUGUACAGCUUCUCUGAACAGAGUUCUGAAGAAAAAGAGGCUAAAAUGAUUGAAGAGUUAUUGUAUUCACUCUGUUUGAUGUUUAAUGUUAAAUGUUUCUUGUAUUGUCUUAAUGUUUUCGAUUAAAAUGAUCUGACUCAACAAAGGCACAUAAUAACACUGCUAACUUGAACCACAUGUAGAUCUGUAAGCUCAUUUCAGAGGUUGUCUGAAACUGUAACUUGCCCUGAAGUGUCAGAUGAAAAUACAAGUGUUUCUU